UGCAUCUUCUGCGCUGUUCUAGAGAGAGAGAGAGAGAGAGAGAGAGGGUUUCGGCGAGAAGGGAAAAAGCUUCCGAACGUCUGAUUCCGAUGGCCGAUCACGAGGAGGCGAAGGGCGGCGAGUCUUUGCUCGAGAAGAUUUCUGGCAAUUUCGGCGGCGGCGGCGGCGGCGGUUCCUCGUCGUCCGAUUCCGACGACGACAGGGUCGCGGAGGCGGCGGAGGCGGCCAAGGCCAAGGUCUACCGCCUCUUCGGCCGGGAGCGGCCCGUCCACCAGGUCCUCGGCGGCGGCAAGCCGGCUGAUGUGUUCCUAUGGAGGAACAAGAAGGUAUCAGCUGGCGCGCUUGGUGUUGUGACUGUGAUAUGGGCUCUGUUUGAGUUGGCGGAGUACCACCUGCUAACUUUGGCUGCCCACUGCUUGAUUCUCACCCUGGCGGUCUUGUUCUUGUGGUCUAAUGCGCACGCGUUUAUCCACAAGAGCCCGCCACGAAUUCCUGAAGUGUCUAUUCCAGAGGAGCCAGUCUUACAAUUUGCAUCUGCACUGAGACUUGAGAUAAAUCAGGCGUUCGCAGUAUUGAGGGAUAUUGCAUCUGGGAAAGAUCUUAAGAAGUUCUUAUUAGUGAUUGCUGGCUUGUGGCUCUUGUCAAUCGCGGGCAACUGGUGCAACUUCUUGACCUUGUUCUACAUAGUCUUUGUAUUGCUGCAUACGGUGCCUGUGCUAUACGAGAAGUUUGAGGACAAGAUCGAUCCAUUUGCAGAGAGGGCAAUGGGUGAACUCAGGAAGCAGUAUGCUGUCUUCGAUGCCAAAGUCUUGAGUAAGAUCCCGAGGGGGCCAUUUAAGGAUAAGAAGAAGGCAGCCUGAAUCUGUCUGACCCAUGUUUUUUAAUGAAAGAAUUUGGUAGCUUUGGUGUUUUUGUCCAUGAUCUGUGAAAUUUAUAUUUAUCGUCUAGAAGCCAGUCUUUGGGUUCACUUGAAUUGGCACAAUUUACACCAGGGUGUGGAGCUGCUUAUGGGUUUUACAAACUUUAGGGUCAUAUGGUCAAUGCAUUGUACAUCGGUUGAAUUUACUUUCUGGAGAUAUAGUUGUUAGUUUGGCUUA